AUGGCGACCGAGCAGAGUAUGAGCAAGAGAGACGACGAGUCUUUUAGGUUUCAGGUCAGCUUCCUCAGACGAACAAAUGUUUACUGGAUUUUCUACUACGAAGAGCUACGACCCGCUGAUUUUUACUGUACCUCUGCCCUCCGCCCUCCGCCCUCCGCUGUCAACACAGUGGCCAGCCCGCCAUGGAAGCUGCUUCAUACGACGGCGACCUCCCUCGACUUUGUUGUGGUGGAGCAGACCGACAUUCGUGGCAGCGCCGCUGACCCCUCGACUUCGACGUCGAUCAGAACCGUCAUGGCGGAUAGUCGUCGGACCGACGUGGCUAGCAACUAA